AUGGGUUGGCUGAAAAACAUCAAAAAGCUCAAGAUCAAGGAUAUGGAUCCUUUUAACAAGAAUUCUCAAGUGCGGAUAGAGUUGGCUAACCUUGACAAAAAUGUUCUUCAGCCGGUGUGGGACCAAAUACUGGACCCUCUGUUACUUGAUCCAAUUUCCAAAGCUUACAUAGAAUAUGUCGAAGCCCAGGCUAUGGGGAAAUAUAAACCCCUACCUCUAUGGCUCAAGCUAGUUCUCAAAGUCUGUUACGCGGAAGGGAUCAGUACCCUUCAAGACGACAACGCGAUCACGUUCGGGAACAACAUUCAUUUUCCGAGAUCUAUCAAUCUCGAUCGGUACGACGAGGGUGCUCGUGGUGACAUACAUUGGAUCCUUCAUGAACUACAACACGUCGUACAGUACAAGAAGCUUGGGGGAUUGACCGCUUUCAUCAAUAAAUAUCUCGUUCAGGCUGGAAUUGGCAGCCUCGAGGAUCUUUCAAAAUUAGGCAAAUUAUGGAUGUUUUUCGUGAAUAAAGUCCACGCCAGCAUGCCUAUUGAAGUUGAGGCGGAGAGCAAAGCCAACGAGACGAUCGAUAAGGUUAUGAAAGCCCGUGAUGAACUUUCACUAGGACGUCAGAUACCUCUGGGCCACAAUCUAGGCUCACGAAUCAUUCUGCAGAACGCCACAAUGUACGAAGGCGACUAUUUGCAAUCUGAAAACUCCCUGUACCGCUUCAUCCUUCAAGGCGACGGAAACGUCGUACUGUACGCAAUGCACAACGAAGUACUUUGGCAAAGCUUCACGGAUGGUAUGGGAGUGCCCCCCUAUCGAAUCAUGGCACAGGACGAUGGGAAUGUGGUUCAGUAUGGUGGAUAUAACACUCCGGAGCAUGCCCUGUGGAGAACGGGCACGAAUGGACUUGGAGGGGAAGUCCUCAUGCUUCAGGAUGACGGUAAUCUGGUUCUUUACGCCAGCGGAAACAAGGCAGUGUGGGAGAGUUCCACGUUUAGGUCUCACUUCCAGAAUUUUAUCCUUCAGACGGGUACUGUACUCCACGAGACAGAUAAUACCUUUGACUUCAUAAUGACAGACUGGAACGGCGACGGACGGCCAGACCUCAUUGCUAUCAAGAAAAGUAGCACCGGCACAAACAGCACAGAGGUACAUAUCCUAUCCGGGGCUUCGAACUUCCAGAGCUUUAUCCUUCAGACGGGUACUGUGCCCCACGAGACAGAUAAUACCUUCGCCUUCAUAAUGACUGACUGGAAUAGCGAUGGACAGCCAGAUCUUGUUGCCAUCAAGAAGAGCCAGACCGGCACAAACAGCACAGAGGUGCAUAUCCUAUCUGGGGCUUCGAGCUUCCAGAAUUAUAUCCUUCAGACGGGUACUAUGCUCCACGAGACAGAUAAUACCUUCGACUUCAUAAUGACUGACUGGAAUAGCGACGGACAGCCAGACCUCGUUGCCAUCAAGAAGAGCCAGACCGGCACAAACAGCACAGAGGUGCAUAUCCUAUCUGGGGCUACGAACUUUCAAGGUUUUUUCCUCCACACGGGCACUGGGCUCCACAAUACAGAUGCUACUUUCAGUUUUAGUAUGACUCGUUGGAGCGGUCACGAUCGCCCGGACCUCGUUGCCAUUAAGAAAAGCCAGACAGGCACGAAUAGCACGGAGAUACAUGUACUUACUGGUUAA